UUCCUUUACGCCGUCAUUAUGGGACUCUUUAACCGCAAAUCCAGUGACGACGAGAACAAGAAGGAGAAGGGUGGUUGGCGGAGACCGGCCAAUACGGCCUUCAAACAGCAGCGAUUGAAAGCAUGGCAGCCGAUCCUCACCCCGAAAACCGUCCUCCCCACCCUAUUUAUUGUCGGAAUUCUCUUUGCGCCAAUUGGCGGUCUCCUCAUAUGGGGUUCCUCCCUCGUCUCCGAGAUGACCUUUGACUACACUGACUGCGAACGGCUCACUCCCUCUGAAUCCAAUUCAACGCUUUCAUUUUCCACAAUGCCGUCGAAUCGAUUCAACUAUAACCUCCGUUCUGCAGACUCAAAGAAGUCAGUUGCUGCGCCAACUUAUGCGUUUCUCGAUAACACAAGUAACGACACUGUUACCGACCUAUCCGCCAAGAAGCAGUGCAUCAUCGAAUUCAAUGUACCUGCAACCAUCGAACCCUCCAUAUUCUUCUACUACAAACUCACGAAUUUCUACCAAAACCAUCGUCGCUAUGUCAAGAGCUUGAACUCGGACCAGCUCAAGGGCAAACAUGUUACCGCCAGCUCUUUGGAGAGCGGCGAUUGCAAACCCCUUGCGAGUCGAGAUGGGACGGCCAUCUAUCCCUGUGGUCUUAUUGCCAACUCGAUGUUCAAUGGUGUGUUGCCUUCCCCGCAUCCGAAUAAUGAUGCUCCAAGUUAUCCUUUCCACGCCAAUGGGAUUGCUUGGCCCGGAGAAGCCAAGAAAUAUACGGAAGACCCCGUCAAGGCAGGAGUUUACAAAUCCUAUGAUGAGCUCGUCCCUCCUCCUAACUGGGUGUUACGUUACGGGACCACUUACAACGAGUCCAAUUUCCCAAACCUCAAGACGGACGAACGAUUCCAGAACUGGAUGCGAACUGCGGGUCUCCCGACAUUCACCAAGCUGUAUGGCCGAAAUGACAAAGACAAAAUGACCUCAGGCACUUAUCGAAUCAUAAUCGGUCUUAAUUUCCCUGUCACACCCUACAAGGGCACCAAGUCCAUCGUCAUUUCUACGGUGUCGUGGAUAGGCGGGAAGAAUGCUUUCUUGGGGUGGGCGUACGUCGCAGCAGCGUCCCUCUUCGUUCUGCUUGCCAUCGCAGGCACUGCCCGCCAUCUCAUCAAGCCGAGGCGUCUUGGAGACAUGUCGCUACUUUCGUGGAAUCGGUGA